AUGUGGGCCAACAGCCGGAUAGAUUCUCAGCACAGCAACAGCACAGUGGUGGCAUCCACGUCUAUUCCUGGUGAGGACUGCAGUGUAGAACUGUCCUUCCUGGUGGACAGCUCUGAGAGUGCCAAAGACAAUCAUGAGCAGGAGAAGCGGUUUGCUGUGAAUGUGGUGGAGUCUCUUCAGGACGUCCAGCUGCAGGCCGGUCGGAGAUUGUCUUUGAGAGUGGCUCUCCUCCAGUACAGCAGCCAUGUCAUCACUGAACAAACCUUCAGAGACUGGAGAGGAUCUGACAACUUUAAAAACCGCAUCAUGCCUCUUGUUUACAUUGGCCAUGGCACUUACACCACCUACGCUAUCACCAACAUGACCACAAUCUAUCUGGAAGAAUCCAGUCUUGGAAGCAUCAAAGUAGCUGUGCUUCUUACUGACGGCGUGUCCCAUCCAAGAAAUCCUGACAUCUUCUCUGCUGUUGCUGAUGCAAAGAACCAAGGAAUCAAAUUCUUUACUGUGGGCAUGACCCGAGCAGCCAGAGAACCAGCUAAUGUUGCACAGCUUCGUCUGCUCGCCAGCUCUCCCACCUCCCACUUCCUCCACAACUUGCAGGAUGAAGACAUAGUGAAAAGAGUUGUUGCUGAAAUUACUGACUUGGCUGAUGAAGGAUGUCCUCUGGCUCAAAGAUGCUCUUGUGAGAAAGGCGAGAGAGGUAUUCAGGGCCCUGCAGGUAAGAAAGGCCGUCCUGGUGAAGAUGGAGUCCAAGGGGCAAAAGGCCAGAAGGGUGAAGCUGGUUUGAGUGGACUGUCUGGACGAGAGGGUGCUGAGGGCAAGCCUGGUUACAAAGGGGAAAAGGGGUUACCAGGACCACACGGGGAUAUAGGACCGGAGGGCCUUCAGGGGAAGCAGGGUGAGCGUGGCCCGAUUGGUCCUCCUGGCAUACAGGGGGAGACUGGUAUAGGACUUCCUGGACCAAAGGUGGUAAUAUGGGCUUUACAGGCCGUGCAGGUCCACCUGGUCCUCCAGGAUUGGGCGAAGCUGGCUCACCAGGACCUCAAGGACCACAGGGAAGUACAGGAGAAAGAGGACCCACUGGCGAAGGUUUACCAGGACCCAAGGGCGAUCGUGGUUUCGCAGGACCAAGAGGACCCAGGGGUCAGCAAGGGAUUGGACUCAAAGGAGAAAGGGGUGAACUGGGCCCUCCAGGUCCCAACGGACCAAUCGGACAAACAGGUGUGGGCAUUCAAGGAGAGAAGGGUGUGGAGGGGCCACGAGGUCCACCAGGAGUCAGAGGAAUUCCAGGAGAAGGCCUUCCUGGACCAAAGGGAGACCAUGGCUUACCAGGAGAACAAGGGGUGCCGGGGGAGAGAGGUCAUGGAGAGGCAGGUUCGAAGGGUGAGCCUGGAUCUGCUGGGUUGUCUGGUUUACCAGGUCUGCCAGGAGAGGAGGGGGCGCCAGGGCAGAAGGGUGAACCUGGUGUACCCGGUCUUAGAGGGUGAAAGAGGGAUCCCCGGUCAGCAGGGCGCACUAGGACCACCAGGUCGAUCUGUUACUGGGCCAAAGGGUGAACUGGGCCCUGCUGGCCCACCUGGGCCUAUUGGUGAAACAGGUCAUGGUCUUCCGGGUCCCAAGGGAGACCGUGGUCAAACUGGAUUGCCUGGUCCAUUAGGUCCAAAAGGACCCCCCGGGCCAGUAGGACCUCCAGGACAAGGAUUACAUGGUCCAAAGGGGGACCCAGGAUCUCAGGGUCUAACUGGACCAAGAGGACCCCCAGGCGAAGGCUUAGCAGGACAAAAGGGUGAUCGUGGAAUAUCAGGAGAAAGAGGAUUAAGAGGAACAAAAGGAGAAAUGGGAGAUCCUGGAAUUCCUGGUGAUGGUGGACGCCCUGGAAUAAAGGGAGAACCAGGACUCAUAAGAGAAGAUAUUAUCAAGCUUAUCAAAGAAAUCUGUGGAUGUGGCAUCAAGUGCAAGGAAAGGCCAAUGGAGCUUGUGUUUGUUAUUGAUAGUUCAGAGAGUGUUGGCCCUGAAAACUUUGAGAUUAUCAAGGACUUUGUCACGAGGUUGGUGGAACGCACUACAGUUGGAAGAAACGCCACUAGAAUUGGGUUGGUCUUGUACAGUUUAGAUGUCCAUUUGGAGUUCAAUCUAGCUCGCCACUUGACUAAACAAGAGGUCAAACAAGCAAUACGAAAAAUCCUUUAUAUGGGAGAGGGCACCUACACGGGCACUGCCAUCAGAAAGGCCACGCAUGAGGCAUUCUACAGUGCCAGGAGUGGAGUGAGAAAAGUUGCCAUUGUCAUCACUGAUGGUCAGACGGACAAACGAGAGCCAGUGAAGCUUGACAUAGCGGUGCGGGAGGCUCACGCUGCCAACAUUGAGAUGUACGCUUUGGGGAUCGUCAACUCUUCUGACCCUACGCAAGCAGAGUUCAUCCGAGAACUCAAUCUUAUCGCCUCUGACCCUGACAGUGAACAUAUGUAUCUCAUCGAUGACUUCAAUACUCUUCCAGCACUUGAGUCAAAAGUUGUCAGCCAGUUUUGUGAAGACGAAAAUGGUGCUUUAAUUUACAGUCAUGCCAUAAAUGGACACAGGAAUGGCAACCAUGUUAAUGAGAUUGGUGUCAAUGGAAACCAUGGUCAUGUAGGCCAUAAUAAUGGAUAUAAUGGUCAUGGCAAUAAAAAUGGUUUUACAAAUGGAAACAAUGGGAAAAAGAAUAGCUUUGAUGAGGAGGACAACUUGGACAAGCACAUCCGCACCCGAGGCAGAGGAGACACUUUCACACUGCCCAUCAGCGCUGAUCCCCUCCCCUUUCAGGUGGAAGAUGAUGAUGAUGAAGGGGAGGAUUUAGAUUUAGCUCAAGUGCAGGGAUUCUGGUAUGGUGGCUGUGGUGGAAACAACAAUCGGUUUGACAAAGAAGAGGAUUGCAAGACAACUUGUGUAAUAAAACUACUAGGUUGA